GAUCAUCAGCAGAACAUUACAGUCAUGGAUGAAACAUGUGGAGGAUGGAGUAGGGAACAAGAUGUCCAGGGACAUCCAGAGAUCCAGAAGAUCUGUGAUAUGGUGAAGCCACAUGUAGAAAUUAAAGUCGGUAAGAUUUUUGAAGAAUUCACUGCCAAACGCUUCAUCUCACAAGUUGUUGCCGGAAUGAACUACAUAAUCAAAGUACAUGUAGGAGGUUCUGUGUUCGUACUUGUGAAGGUGUUUCAAGCUCUGCCGUAUGAGGGAGGGGUACUGACGCUUGGUGUAUGUCAAUAUCCUAAAGAAGAAGGAGAUCCUUUAACACCCUCUUAAACUUUCACAAGAUUCUUUCUUUU